GUUACUGGCGGUUGACGGAAGUGCUUUUUGUUGUCGGUCCGAAAACGGUCAGAAUGUGGCAGGAUGCAGGGAAUGAUGGAUCCAGCGAGAACACGAGGAGGUUGUCUGAAACUCUCGUAUAAGCUGCGGUGCUGGAAAAAGUUGUUAUCCUUGCCUUGUUUAAACGAAGUGAAGGCGAGUGGUUAACUGGAGGCUUUCGUCUAAAGCUAGGCCCGGCUUAACGUCCGCCAUAAUUUAUUUGGGCAGUGGGUUUCACGGCGCAUGCGCGAUGUCCAUCUUUGUAGGGGGCAAUAUUUGGAAGGACUGAAAGGCAUUUGCUGUCCAUUGUUCAGAAUGGAGAGAAAUUGCGCAUCAAGCUGCAUUCGCCCUUCACACCCAAAGUCUUAUUGAUGACCCAGAGCGGCGGCGGAGAAGAUAUCAUUUGGGGAUUUGCUGACAGGAAACCAAAAUCCAAAUCUCACAAGAAACUCUGACAGAAUCACUUGGUUUGCAUCACUCGCCUUUGUAAGAUAUCGGAAGGACAGGAUUUACAUUCGGGCAUUUCAAACCACAUGUCCCAUCAGGAUCGGACCAAGCCACCCAUAUCAUUGGAUUUUGACCAUGGAAGGAAACAGCACCGUUCUCAGUGGGGAGAAACCGUACAUGUGUCCUGUGUGUGGAAAAAGCUUUGCUGAUUCAUCCGACCUGCUGGCACACCAGCGAGUUCACACUGGAGAGAAACCGUUCCACUGCUCCCAGUGUGGGAAGAGAUUCAGUCAGUCAUCCGACCUGCUGAAACACCAGCGAGUUCACACUGGAGAAAAACCAUUCUACUGCUCCAUGUGUAGGAAAGGAUUUGCUUGGUCAUCCAGCCUGCUGAGACAUCAACGUAGUCACGCUAAGGGGAAAUCAUUCACUUGCUGCGAUCGUGGCAAAACAUUCAUUCACUCAUCUAAACUUUUGGAACACCAGCAAAUUCACAUUGGGGAAAAACUAUUCACCUGUUCAGAGUGUGGGAAAGGAUUCACUAAGUCAUCUAACCUGCUGAGACACCAACAAGUUCAUACAGGGGAGAGACCGUUCAGUUGCUCCCUCUGUGGGAAGGGAUUCACUCAGUCGUCCCACCUGCAGGUACACCAGCGAGUUCACACUGGGGAAAGGCCAUUCACCUGCUCUGUGUGUGGGAAAGGAUUCACUCAGUCAACACAUCUGCUGCAGCAUCAGCGAGUUCACACUGGCGAGAGACCAUUCGCUUGCUCUGUGUGUGGGAAGAGAUUCAUUCGAUCGACCAAACUGUUAACACACCAGCGUGUUCACACUGGCUGUGCUACCCAGCAUUCUGGGAGCUUUGGGAAGUUCCAUAUUCAUGGAACGUGCAAUCAGUGCACAGGUGUAGAGUUGAUGCAGAAGCGAGCAUGCGCAGAAUCAGUGAUGACAACGCUGGCAGAGAUUUCCUUCUCAGCUCUGGAAAAAUUACAGGAAAGCACCAUCUACCCUGGAGAGAAACACAUAUCGUCUGUUAGUGGAAGAGUCAGUGAAGAGUCAUCUGCAAUGUCCAAACGCCAACGUAGUCACACUGGAGAGAGACUGUGGAAAUGUGGGGAUUGUGGGAAGGGAUUUCAUUACCCAUCCCAGCUGGAAAAUCACCAACGCAGUCACACUGGGGAGAAGCCAUUCAUCUGCUCUGAUUGUGGGAUAGCAUUUGCUCUGUCAUCCAGCCUGCGGAUUCACCAGCGGGUUCACACUGGAGAGAGACCGUUUACCUGCUCUGUGUGUGGGAAAGGAUUCAUUCGCUCAUCUCAACUACUGGAACAUCAGCAAGUUCACACUGGGGAGAAACCAUUCACCUGCUCCCAAUGUGGGAAGGGAUUCACUCAGUCAUCCAACCUGCGGAGACAUCAGCGAGUUCACACUGCGGAGAAACCAUUCACCUGCUCUGAUUGUGGGAAGCGAUUUAACCAAUCAUCCCACUUGCGGAGACACCAGCAAGUUCACACUGGAGAGAGACCAUUCACCUGUUCUGAAUGUGGAAAAGGAUUCAUUCGCUCAUCUCAACUACUGGAGCACCAGCGAGUUCACACUGGAGAGAAACCAUUCACUUGCUCUGAUUGUGGGAAGGGAUUUACUCAAUCGUUCAACCUGCUGAGACACCAGCGAGCUCAUACUGAGAGACGUUCAUUCAGUUAAUUCACCAGCUGAUACAGCAACCUGUUCACUCUCUGGUGUAAAUUCAAACUGUUAGCACACCAAUGAGAUGACACUGCUGUGUUUGUGUAAAAAGCUGUUUGCUAAUGCACUAGCAAAUUCACAAGAACCACAGGUGAAGGAUUUUGCUUUUAUUCACAACAAGGAAUGAACCUUGGUCAUUAGGCCAUUUGAUGUUAUUAAACCCUGCUGUAUUAAAGGGGCUGAUGUUGCAGAUAAAAUGUUGAUACAAUUGUGUAUCUGUAGGAUAGGUUUUGAAAAUGAUCACUAUGCCAACACAUUUACACUAGGUGAAGACUGUCCAGCUGCAUAUUGUUUGUAAACUGAUUUUUGUGGUUCAUCAGGAUUUGUUAAACUGCAUUGAAUUUCCUAGCAAGUGUCAGUGUUGCAUUUUGAUGCUGUUAUUAUCUAUGUUCAAAACCAUGCUUUCUGAAUCGAUUUCUGAUGUUUGUAACCAUCACAGGUUCAGUUACCUGCUGGAGAUAAAAAUAAUAUAAGCCGGCUUUUUGUUAAAACUAA